AUGCGCCGCGCCCGAAACGAGAUCGCGGUCGGCGGUUUGAAGCUGGCAGCAGACCUGGCAACAGACCAGCACCUCGGCGCCCUUUCCACCGAGUUCGAUGGCGCGUACCCGCCCUACCUCAGCCCGAGCAGCCGCACCACCACCAACCUCCCCGCUUUCGACCCAUCAUCGAACCUCACCAUGUUUCAUGCUUUGUUGUACCAACGCGCCGCGUCCUGA